GAUCUUUGGUCAGUCUUGUUCGAAGUUCGCGGCGUUCGGUUGUGCUUGGUUGUUUGGAAAGCGGCGCGCGCGUUUUUAAUUCCACUUCUCCUCCAUUCGAAUAAUAGUUCAAAAUGCAAAGCACGCGAAAUAAGCAGGGGAAAUAAGCCAAAAUACGAGAAAAACUAAACGACAGAGAUUGUAAAACGCCCACGCAAAACACACACACACAAAACUGCAAUCUUCAAAAGUUAGCAAAAGAAAAAGAGUGGAAGAAAGCCAACCAUGGAACGCCGCCAAGCCCUAGACUCAUCGAUGUCUUCACUCUUCUCGGUCGCCUCCUCCUCGAACAAUCCCAAUCCCAAUCCCCGCCAGCCGCAGAAUGUCCACCAACUGCAGACGCAGCAAUCUCAGCAGUCGUCCCAGCUAGACGCCUUCAAUUAUUCAGCAACAAUGUCAUCAUCGUCGCCGACUCCAAGUCAGGCCAUGUCCACAGCCAUGUCCACGGGAAUGGGAACGGGAUUGGGCACCACCCACACCACACCACCGCCGACAACCACCUCCAAUUCGCUCGGCCUUAGAGCCACCACCAUCGGCACCGUGGUCGUCCGUUGCGGACCCAUCCAGCUGGUGAUAGCGCUGCUACAAAGUCCAGAGAAAAUCUAUAUCAAAGUGGUGGAACUAGAGCCAAAGAUUACAGCACUGGGCGAAAAUCUGGAUGAAUCUGUGCGCAUGCAAAGGGAGCACGAUGAGACGCUGCGAAACUUACAGAGCCUGCCCGGACCCAUGGAUGAGUUUGUCCAGAAGGCAGACAAACUGCUGGCCAGCAAGCGCAUUAGUUCGGAACUCGUCAACGCCAUGGCCGAUACGCUCAACAUCAUCUGGCAGGAUAUCCUAAAUCUGCUGCAUGAUCGCCAGCAUCUGCUCAUACUGUGCACACAGUUUCACGACAAGAUGACGCAGUGCUUUAGGAAGAUGGACCAACUGGAGCUGGCCUGCGAGGAGACCCUUCAUCCGCCGGAUGUGCCCCAUGUGCAAGAGUUCCUCAACAGAUUUAAGCAACUGCGGAUAGACAUGCUAACCGGUGUGAUGGCCGCCCUGAAAGAUGGCAACGAACUGCUGGCUCAGCUGGAGGAGUUGGAAAAGCUGGAGACAUUGGACACUAGACCGGAGCACAUUAAACGCGAUGCCACAAGGGCAGUUCACCAGGUGCAGCAGUGGUUGGAGGCCCUGCACGAUCGAAGGAAUUCCCUUGAACUAGCCUGGCAGACGAGAAAGACCCAAAUGGAGCAAUGUUUGGCACUGGCUUUGCUGGGCAGGGAACUAGUCGACUUGGAGGCAGCACUUCAGCAAGCCCGUAUGGAACUGAGUACCAUGUACAGUCUGGGUGAAUGUGAGCACACGGCCAAUGAAAUGCUCACCAAGUACAGGGAGUGGAAACAGCAGGCUCUGCAACUCCGAGAUCGAGCUUUGAAAAUCACGCGGGCCAAGGAGAAGGUACAAUCCGCUGGCCAUUUCACCGAAGAUGAGGCCUGUGCUCGAGCCUAUGCCGUUUUAAGUGGUUGCACGGAGCAUUUGGAUCUGGUGGAUCAACGGGAACACUGGCUGCAUCAAUCACGCGAGUUCUUCGCCAAGGCUGAGCACACUUUAAGUGUCCUGGAAAAACUAGAACUGGAGCUGGCCAGCUUGAAAUUACCUCCUCAUUCCCCGGAAAGCUAUGCCAUGUUCACAAAAGUAGAUCGAGAUGUUCGUAACUUCACCGAGGAGCCCUUACGAUUGGGUUAUGGCAUCCUCGAUGAAGUGGGCCGAACUCAGCCGGAGACUCAGGGUGUUAAGAGAGUGCUGGAUGAAUUGGAAAACCGCAAGGUCUAUAUCCAGGGCAUAUGCGCCCACAGCAACGAGGAUCAGCAGAAGGUGCAGAAGGCACUGAGUGAGUUCCUCACCCAUCACAAUGAGCUCUUGGCUUGGCUAAGAGCCUCCGGGCAAUUGCAACUCCAGCAGAGCGUGGAUAUGGGAAGAAAUCUGCAGCAGGCCAAGCAGUUUCUGCUCCAGCACCAUGAACUAAUGCAGGAUCUGGAGAUAAAAGGCGAACUGAUCAACCUGCUGCUGGAGUCCAUCAAGGUCCAUCUGGAAUCCCUGAGUCCGCAGCAGCGCUACGAUGUGGACUCCAAGGCCGAAUCCCUGCACAAACACUGGAUCGAACUGAAGGACCUAGUGCUCAAACGUGUGGACCAUGUCUCACUGCUGAUAGACUUCUUUGAGUUGGCCAACGAGCUAUCCAGUCAACUCGACAACCUGCAGCGCCAACUACAGCAAACUCCCGACGAGCACAAACUGCAAUUCCUGCAGGCCACUUGGACGGGCAUUGCGGCCACUUUCGGUGAACUGAAGUCCCGCGGACAGCGAUUCAUCAACUUGAAAAUUGUGGAUCCAUAUCUCGAGACCAAAUCCUCGGCACAGACGGUGCAAGAGACGCUGAACGACUUCAGUAAGCGGCAGGUCGACGUGACGAGCAGUUUGGAGAAUUGGACAACGAGCAUUGCGGAGAAGCGCCAAGUCGAAUAUCUACUCGAGAAAGUCAUGAGCGACAACGAGGAGACCGUGGCAAAGAGCACCCAGGUGGACACCCAGCUGUAUCCCGUUUUCACCUCCCAAAGUGUGGACUCCAAGCAGCUGUUGAUCGGCACUCGCGAAAAGCUGACAAAUGUGACGCAGGACAUUGAGAGGGCGCAGGAUGAGAUACAGCAGCGCAUCCAAACCACACUGAGCAUUCAGACAAAGGAUCAGCCAUCGCUGGCCAAGAUCGAGCAGGUGAUCAACAACCUGCGCAUGUUGAAGGCCAAGCUGGAUGGCAUCAAGUACGAUUAUCGCACUUUGGUAGAGAGUGUGGUGCAAUUCCUGGAGAAUAUAGUGCAGUUACGGCGCGAAAUCGACGACUACUUCGCGAAGAACAACCAACAGCAAGUCGUUGCCGGAGCGGAUCGCAGCAUUGCAGAGCACGAGAAAUUCCGCGAUCAGUGCAUGGAUAAAUUUAGAUCGCUAAUCACACAAUCCGAACUGCUGAUCGAUCGGGUGCGCAUACUGGAACCGCCGGGAGCCCGAGAAAUCGACACCGAUCGCAUACUGAAGUUGCUCGAAAAUCUCCGGCUGCAUUUCGAAUCCAACAGCAGUGCCCGCAUGUCGACUCUGGAGCGUCUGGAGAAGAUCGAGCAGUUCCGCUCCGAUCUGGAGGACAUCGACAGGAGUUUGGACAGCGUUAGUCAGCAGCUGCACGAGAUCAACAACCAAAGUGUCGACAGUUUGGCGGCAGCCAAGACCACGUCGCUGGCGUUCGAGUAUUUUGAACGGACCAUAGAGCUGCUCGAGAAGCGGAUCGAGAAGUUUACGGAGUCCACAAGUCAACAGCUAUUCAUUAGCAAUCCCGAGAGUGAGCGUUACGUGAAGGACGAACUGCGAAAACUCAACGACAAAUGGCAGAGCUUCAAGGAUCAGGUGAAGCAAAAACGAAAGAGCCUCAAUCAGGCAACCGAGUUCUUCGAGGUGGUCGAAAAGAUCGAUGCAGAGUACCGUGAGAUUAGCUACUUCUACACUAGUGUCUCGAAUAAGGUUCCCUAUCUCCGCGACUCCGUGGAGGCCGGCAAUUUGGUCAACGACAUCGAGAACUAUGUGAGCAGUCGCGAGGCGGCACUGCGUGCCAAGUUGGAUAGUGCCUCGCAAUGUGCCCACGAUAUGAACAAGGUGUCGACCUUGUACAACGAUGUGAUGAACAUCUUCCAGUCCUUCAUCAAGCUCAAGAUGGACAUAAAUGUGGUGCAGGAGAGGCUCAAGCAGGAGCAGCGGCAAAAGGAGCAAAGGGAGCGGGAGGCUCGUGAUCAGGCGGAAAGGGAGAAGGCUUUAAGGGAAUCGGAGGCCAAGGAGCGAUUGCUCAGGGAGGAGCAAUCGCGUUUGGAGCAUCAGCGUCAGCAGGCGGCCAUCGAACAGGCUCAAAGAGAAUUGGCGGCCAGGGAAUUGGCUCUGCGGGAGCAAGCUGUUCGCGAAGAGGAGGCCCGGUUGCAGUCGAUUCGGGAGCAGGCCAGUCGCGAGCAAUUGGCCAGGGAACAUGCUGCCCGCGAGGAGGAAUCCCGCAUCCAAGCCUUAAGGGACAUAGCACGCCGCGAAGAGGAAGUGCGUCUGCAGAGCAAAAGGGAUGAGGAAACUCGUAUUCGUCGCGAGGAGGAGGAAAGAUUCCGCAGAGAAAACGAAUCGCGAUCGAAACGUGAAGAGGAAGCACGCAUUCAGCGUGAGGAGAUCACUAGACUUCAAACGCUUCGCGAUCAGAUGGAACAGCAGCGCACCGUAACCGAAAAUAUCCGAAAGGACAUACAGGUCAACUCCAUUUUCACCGAACUGCGCUAUGCCUCUCCACUCUUCAUUCGUCCUCUCAAGGAUGCAGUGACUCGCGAAGGGGAUCGUUUCGUGUUCGAAUGCGAAGUCAGUGGAACCCCGGAACCCGCAGUCGAAUGGUUCAAAGAUGGCAUCAGUAUCCAAAACAAUUCCGAUUACAAGACCACUUUCGAUAAGGGCAUCUGCAAGCUGGUGAUUGAGGAAACCUUUGCUGCCGAUUCAGCACGAUUCAGUUGCCGUGCCUCGAAUUUGGUGGGAACUUGCGAUACUAAUGCCACUUUAUGUGUUCGGGAAAAUGCCGCUGAAGUCCCGUUGGUACCACCAAGGAUUCUACGAUUCCUGGAGAGCGGCAAGGCCACUGAGGGCAGUUCCUUCCGCUUUGCCUGUGUGGUGGCUGGUGUUCCUUUGCCCACCGUUCAGUGGUUCAAAAAUGACAAGUGCAUCGAUGAUUCCCCUGACUACGUAAUUAGCUACAACAAUGGAGAGGCUACUCUGAAAUUCGAGGAGGUUUUCCUUGAGGACGAUGCUGUGUACACCUGCAGUGCCUCAAAUCCGGCGGGUAUUGAACACUGUUCGGCAUCUUUGAUUGUGGAACCUUUGGAGCCAACAGAGUUGCCCAGCUUCAAGGUUCCCCUAUCUAAUGCCAUGGCUCGAGUGGGUCAAAAGAUCAAAUUGGAGGCCAUCGUGAGUGGAAUUCCAAAACCAGAAGUCUAUUGGCUGCACAACGGCAAACCCUUUCAGCCACGGGAUUCCAAGUACGAAUACGGCCGCGUAACGCUGAUAAUACCGCAGGCUUAUCCCAACGACGCCGGAUCCUACGUCCUGAGCGCCAAGAAUUUAGCUGGCGAGGCCUAUACCAGUUGCAACGUGAUAGUGAAAGGUCGUUUACCACACGAGACCUCCGAUUCCGAGAUGGCCAGUGACAUAGAACCAAUCAAGCCGGCCGUGCAUUUGCCCCUGAAGGAUGUCUCCAUAUUCGAGGGAAAACCAGUGAGGCUGGAUUGCGUGAUUGUGGGCCAACCCGAACCUGAAGUCAUCUGGUAUCACAAUGAGCGACCUGUCAAGGAGUCCGCCGAUGUUCAAUUGCUGUUCCAGGGGGAUAGAUGCUCUUUAAUCAUCCAAGAGGUUUACCAAGAAGACGCAGGUCACUACAAAGUGGUGGCCAUUAACUCUGCCGGUGAAGCCUCUAGCAAUUGUGAACUCAAGGUCACGCCGUUGAAUCAAUCGGAACCCGCCACACGAGCACAGGCGGAAAGGCAAUCCCUGCCCAAGGAUGCGCAGCCCAAGUUCGAAAGACUUCUCUCCGAUGUUUUGGCCGAUGAAGGCGAGCAGGUAAUCCUUGAAGUCCAGGCCAGUGGCGAUCAACCCUUGACCGCUCAGUGGUUCCUGACCAACAGGGAACUUCAGUUGGAUCAAAGGAUCACCACUCAAUCGGAUUCCGAACUGGGCAUCUUUAAACUCAUCCUGAACAAUGUGAGUGGCGAUGACAAGGGAGUCUAUACGGUAAAAGUCACCAAUCCAGCUGGAGAUGCCAAGUGCUUUUCACAUCUUAUAGUGAAAUCAGUGAAUGCACCCGAAAAUCGUAGAAGUAGUCAAUCCUCAGUGGAAAUUCUAGAUCGUCAUCAGUGUCCAGAAUUUAAAGAACUAUUUAGCGACAAACAAGGCGAAAUCGAUGAGGUCAUCAAGUUCGAGUGCAUAGUCAAGGGCAAACCGACACCAAAAGUCCACUGGUUCUUCAACGAUCAACCCGUGCAUGGGCAUAAUUUCUUGGUCUCCACAAGCGGUGAACGUCAAGUGUUAACCAUUCAGAAAUUAACCCAUGAUGCGGUGGGCAAAAUCAGCUGUGUGGCUGAAAAUGAGGCAGGCAAAGCCACCUGUGUCGCCUUUUUAAAUAUCAUUGGCAGUGGUCUACCCACCACCAGUGAUGUUCAAACAAUGAGCCAAGAACACAACACGGAAUCUUCGAGAGUAACGAUUAAAAAGCAAACGUUUACCACCACCUCUACAUCGCAGGUGAAUUCGUAUGAGGGGAAUGCCCCACAAACCGAGAUUCAUCACUCCUCCGCUCACAUUGAUCAAUCCCUGAAGCAAUUUGGACAACAAAGACCCGAGAUUGUGGAGAGUCAUCACUAUCAGGAAUUGAACAAAAGCAAGGAAAUGAGCAGUCCAAUUGUGCAGCAAAAGUCCUUUAAUUUCAUCCAAUCCAGUGGAGCCAAUGGAAAAUCCACCGUGGCCAUACCAGAUUCACCCACUCGCCUGAGGAGGGAAAUAGCUCCUAGGUUUACAACUCCACUUAGCGGAAAGAUUGUGGAUCAGGGUACCGAUGUCAGCAUGGAGGCCAUUUACGAUGGCUUUCCCUCGCCCGAAAUCAAAGUGGAGAAAAAUGGAGGCCAACUGUUCGACGAUGCCCAUACCAAGAUAUCCAACAAAUGCAAUCGCGUGACCAUCGAACUCAAACAGGUGGGCGUGGCCGAUGCGGGACGAUAUGCGGUGACCGCCUCCAACACAGUGGGUCAAUCCACCAGCACUGCGGAUUUGGUUGUUAAAAAGACCAUAUUCCCGCCUGUAUUUGGACGUCGUCUGCAGGCUCAAGUCAGCAAAAAGGGCGAGAAAUUGAUCAUGGAGGUGGAGGUCACCGGGUUGCCGGAACCCACGGUCACCUGGCUAAAGGACGACAAACCACUGAAGGAUGCAGGCAUAUCGGAGCAUCGUCUGCUGGCCCAGGGCAACUCAUUCAGACUUAUAAUCGAAAAGGCGCAAACCUCUGACUCUGGAAAGUACAUGGUUCGUGCAACAAACGCAGGAGGUGAGGCAAAAAGCAUUGCCGAUUGCGCCAUUUUGGAACCUUCGCCGGAACGCAUGCAGGAAGUGGUCAAGACCAUUGUCUAUGAAACUGGUCCAGCUGUGGCUCCGUCCAGCGAUUUCAAAACCGAACAGAAUCAGAAUGGAAACCAAAACGGAACCCAACAGUCGUUCCAGAGCAGUCAGACCGAUGUGACCAGUGCCAAUGAUCUCCACGGUUUGUCCGAGUCGAAAGUGAUCACUGAGCAUCGUUGCACCACCGAGGCAACCAUGCGUCUAGAGCACAAAUCGAAUUACUUGGAUCUGCCGGAGCUAACUUCGCGUCCCAAGACACCAACCACAAACGAUACAAUCAUCAUCACAACGAACACAACCACUGCCAGCAUGGAUCAGCCAGAUCAGACACAGCCCAUCACAACCAAAGCCCCCCCACCUGUGCCUCCCAAGCCCUGUACUCCAGUGGUGGCCACCACAUUUGGGCAACAGCAGCAACCACCGCAGACGCUGAUCAGCACCAGAUACGAGCAGAGUGAGCACAAGUCAACCACUUCGUCGUCCUCGUUCGACUACUUCAAGAAGAUCGAUGAGGAGACAGUGACCCAGCGACCGAAGCCACUGGCCUUCAAGCCACUGGAGACGGUGGUGCGACAACCUCAGGCGCAAUCUCUGGCAGAGGAGCUUAGAAGUCUUAAUCUGAUACCAGGAGAUGCCCCGGAAUUCUGUUACUCACCAAAGACCGAAAGAAACGAACCGAAGGUACCACAAAUCACGGAGAAGAUCAAGAUUCUAAGCGAGGUCCAACCCAAGGAGCCACCACCACAAGGAGGUGUACCCGUAUUCCCACCACCACUGGGUCUGCAAACUGUGCAGCAUGAAACCACAACCACCAAGGAGGUGAAAGUGGAGUAUGGACAACCCAUUGUGCGACCUGCAGCGGUUUUGGCCACUCCUGCCCAGCAAAAUCCACGCUCACCCUCACCAAAACCCUCUGCCGAAGGUGUGGCCAUGUCGAAAUUGUGGACACCCACUGGAGUUACUGGUUACUCGAGUGAUGUGGAGCAGAAAUCAGAGAAGACAAUGAUCUCUAAGCUGGCCACACCUACACCGACCAAGGAGCUAAAUGCACCUUUCCUGGUGAAUCAGAUAGUGAAGAGCAUACCUCCGACGACAACAGCACCUGUAACACAUUUGGUAAAUGUGGAACUGGAACCUGGAACACCACCAGAAAUUUGCUUUGCUCCCAAGGUAGAAGAGACUUGUCGCCGUUCAAUUGUCGAGAGCAUAGAGCAGAAGCUGGAGCAGAAUUUGAUCCAAGGACCUAGUAAAGUGUUGCCCCACUCGGUGCCCACUUUGACACCCAGCAAUGUUCAGACGAAACCGGUGGGUAACAACGCCACCACCUACAGACCACCACCUCCUGUUCUACCCACCCGUUUGGGACUAUACGAAAGCGAUUACGAAAGUGAUCGGUACAAGUACAGUGGCAGUGAAUCGGAUGUGGAGCCUGGAAAUCGCAAUCAGCAACAACAGGCCACCACGGAGACGACUUCCUUCAAGUCCAGUGGCUAUGCAGCUGAUACAGAAGAGCAUUCGAGUUAUCGCAAAUCGGAGACAAGUUACUACGAAACCAAGUCAUCAUCCACAAUGGGAAAUGCACCAACGCAGACACAAUUUCCCAAACUGCAGCCUGAGCCACCGGCACAGAUUUACUUCACACCGAAGCCACAACCGCAGGUGCAACCAGCACAAUCGAAUUUUAGCAGUCAGGAGGCGAAGGACUACAAGUACACUUCGUCGAGUAUGACCAGUAACUACUCACACAACAUGCAGAGCAGCAGCAGUUCCUCGCAUCACGAAACCAAGUUCUCCUCGUCGGCAGCACCACAACCACCAGUGGUAACCUAUCCUAGUCCCAUUCCUGCCCAAAGGAAAACCCCGGCAGCGGAGUUUAGUGACUAUAGCAGCGAGAUUGAUGAACGCUUCCGUUCUGUGUCCCGAACCAAUGAAUCCGAUGCAGAGAUCAAGGGCUAUCGCGUGGUAUUCCCACCCACACCGACUCCACGCACAAAUAUUGCCACCAAUGGCCACAAGUCGCCAGUGGUGGUGAUUACUCCCUCGCCCAUGGAAUUUGAGCCUACUCCUCAGGAUGGUAGCUAUGCCAGGCCCAAGUUCGAACCGAUUGGCAGGGAGAUACGCCAUGAAAUCAAGACGGAGAGCAGCAGCUCGAAGCAGUCCAAGUUUAUGCAAAAUCAACAGCAACAACAGCAGCCUGUUUUUAAGCCCAAGCCAGUGGCGGCCAAGUUUAUAGCGGCCACGCAGCAGCAGCAGCAGCAGCAAUCCAAUCCAAAUGCCCGUCCGACCAUGUACUACAAUGCUGUUGCUGGAGCUCCGAUGCAUCUGGCCAAGAUUGCCAGCGAAACGAAGAACGUAAUGCAGAUGCACGAAUCCACGGAGAGUUCGCAGCGAGUGGUGAAUAUGCAGCAAACGAAGAGAAUCAUACACUUUGAUAGUCCGCAGGAGCAGAGGGAUCAACAGAUAUUGGAACCCUUUCCCUACAGUCCAGCCACAAGUCGUACAUCCUCGAGGCAAUCGCAUUUUCCACCACCAGCUACUCCCACAAAAUUUGUGCCCGGAGAAUUCCGGGAAAGUGAUUACGAGAGUGAGAUUGAAGGUGCACGCAUUCAACCUCUGUGGUCACCAUAUGGCGAUGGUUUAACCAAAGGUUUUCGAAGAGUGGCUCCACCUCAGGGAGCUGGAAGGUCCUGCAGUCUGCCACGAACCUAUGAAAGAGUGCUAUCGCCCAUGGAAUUCGAUCGUGGUCCCGAAAUGCCGAGCAAAAUCCAUGUGGACGUAAACACCUUGAGGAAGGAGCAACGCGGUGGCAGUACGGUGACCACCCAACAUCGUACUCAAUCCUUGAAUAGGAACUCCACAAUGAGACAACAGCAGCAGCAGCAGCAACAGCAGCAGCAGCAGCAACAGCAGCAGCAGUCCAUGGAUCAGAUAGACAGGGCCGGAACUCUGCCCCGAUAUGGUUAUAGCAAUCUCCAACAGCAGGCUGAGAAUCAGGGACGUCGAUUGGGGUCUACCUUCCUGCAGAAAUCUCACCAGUUCGUGGAUGAUGUAAGCAGGGAUGUGAGAAGCGCCGCAUCGAAUGGAAUGCGACCAGGUUUCAAAAGGGCUCCCAGCGAGGGCAGCAGCCAACAACCUCAGGCCUUCCGGGAUGAAUCGCGCGUCUCUCAAUACGGCACCAAAUGCGUCGACCCCAAUACCGGUUUAAUCUAUUUCAAAUACGAUUUUGGCUAUGAGUUUGGCAUCCUGUUCCCCGGCGAGGGUCACAAAUUCGUCAGUAGCCAGUGGAACAGCAGCGGCAAUAGCAAUAGCAACAGCAAUGCCAGCAGGCCAAUCCAAAACGGACGCCACUCCCCGUAUCCACUGAAACUUGCUCCCGGCAAUGAGCUAGUGAUUCCCGUCCAGCACGAGAGAUCCUCCGCUCAGGGAUACAGUUCCGACAAUGAGGUGCAGCGAAGGAAUCAGACCAGGAAUUGGUCUGGAACCACCAAACCGAUGGCUCCACGAACAAUCGCGAACAGUCAGAAGCGCUAUAGCCUGCCCAGUUGCCAUAGCCUCGAUAUCCACCUGGAUCGCCUUCAUGCACAGGCACCGCGACUGCCGCCGGAUCAAAUGAUCCGCACAGUGCCGGAACUGCCCAAUACGGAACCCGUCAAUGCCCAUCUGAGUCGCGAUGAGCUGGCACAAAGGCAGCCAUUAUUCAUAACGCCCCUGAAAGACAUCGCAGUCGGCGUGGGCGGUACGGCUCGUUUUGAGUGCAUUGUGCAGGCGCAUCCGCAGCCGCAGGUCAACUGGACCCACAACGGCGGACACUUGGAGUCCGGCAGCAGGCAUUGCAUCGAGUACCGGAACGGCGUGUGCCGGCUAACACUGCCGCAGGCCUAUCCGGAUGACAACGGCAGCUACGCCUGCACCGCCAUGAAUCAACUGGGUGCGGCAACCACCAGCGGAAAUUUGACCGUUUCGAGCACAAACCGUGGAUUUAGAUACUAAGCUCGUUUAAAUGCAACUAUUAUUAUUAUUUGCUUUAUGAUUUGUUCAAUGCCAAAGUUUCGCCUUAUUGUGUGUAUGUAUUCACUGUGCCCGUGUCACUUAUUCUGUUCUGCCCCAUUGUUUUCUGGGUUGUUGGAAUUGUUUAAAACCAUCGGCCAAAGUCCCCUAUUUAGUCCCCAUUAUACAUGCAUACAACAAAGGAAUAUAGUAUUACUUGUGUUUCUGUCGAAAAUAAAUAAACCAACAUUAAAACGAA